AUGAGCAAACUAUCAAGCUCGUCUCUCGACUCUACCAGCCGAACCAGCAGUGAUAUCAGCCUUUUCCGAUACGAACAGGUAUUUAAUAGUUUCGAUUGCUUCUCGCUAUACAAAGCAUGCAAACAGGGCAGCAGUUUGCUACAUCAGCCUAGUACGUGGCUUUUGUUCUAA